GUGAACACUGUGAUGUAUUAGUACAUUUCAGUGAAACGUAAUGGUUAGGCGGUUGUGUCAGUAUUUUGGGGUUGUGUAUCUGUUGGUGAGUGUGGUGCAUGGCGCCCCGGAGUUGUUGACCAAUCCAGGCUUCGAGAGCGGCUUAAACAAUUGGGUUCACGAUGGUUUUACGAUGACAGUGGAGAAAUCUGUGGUGCAUGGUGGGACAUCAAGUGUGAAAUGCACAGGAAGAGGCCAGUCAUGGAUGGGCCCAGGCCAGUAUAUCACACCAAAACCUGGAGGCCGUUAUGCAUUUAGCGCUUACCUGAAACUUAUCAAUGACAUCUCAGGCACUACUUAUCAGAAUGCAGCCAUCAAGAUCAACUUCAAAUGGAAAGACACGGGUGCUGAUGACUAUUUUGCGGUUACUAGUCGACCAUUUUUAAACGUUGCACGAGGGUGGGUGCAUAUAGGUGCAGACUUUCGGGUUCCCAAUAGAGAAUAUACCCAGGCCAAGAUCUACUUGGAAGGGCUCGCGCCCCAUGUUGAUUUUUACUUUGACGACGCUACUCUAACGGAGAUUCCCGAGGACAGAGCGUGGAAGGCAGAAGCUAACCAGAGGAUCGAGUCUUUAAGAAAGAGCAACAUCCACUUCAAGUUCAACGUCGGCUCUGGAUUUAACGUGAAUGAUCUCAGAGUUGAGAUUGACCACAAGAAGCACUUGUUUGGGUUCGGAUCUCAGAUGCCCGCUGACUAUCUAGUUAAUCCAGACUUUCGCCAAUAUCAGAACAUAGCUUAUUACAUGUUCAACUGGGCGACUAUAGAACAGUACAAGUGGCCCUACAACCGUGGAACUAAGGAUAAUCCUGACUUCUCAGUGGCAGUGGCGGCGACAGAUGAGCUAAGACGACAUGGCCUUAAUGUCAGAGGUCACUGCAUGUUUUGGUCUGUACCAGGCAACCAGCCAAGCUAUGCUUCAUCAAUGACCGGUCAAACAUUAAAAGAUACUGUGGACUCACACAUCAGAUACAUGACAGGAAUAACAAAGGGAAAGUUAUCGCACUGGGAUGUCAACAAUGAGCUUCUCCAUGGGCGCUUCUUCGAGACCCACACAGGGGAUGAACACUACAGCUACCACAUGUUCCAGGCGGUCCACGCCGCUGAUCCUAAGCCGACACUGUUUCUGAACGAUUACAACGUGGUGGCUUAUGGCGAGUACACGCUGGCUUACUUGGACCAGAUCCAGCAAUUCAAGGCUGCUAAUGUUGGGUUGGGUGCUGUUGGGAUUCAGAGUCAUUUCCCUUCUUAUACAGCCCCGGAUCCUACGCUCAUGAAGUAUCGUCUCGACCUAUUAGCCAAGGCUGGAUUACCAAUGUGGGUAACUGAAUUGGACUUAUCCGCUCACGACGAGAACACAAGAGCCGACUGGUAUGAGACGGCGCUCAGACUCUACUUUAGCCAUCCGUCUAUUGAAGGAAUUAUUUUCUGGGGCUUCUGGGAUCACGACAUGAGUCCCAACAUGGCUUUGGUGCACGGAAACACUUUUGCGCUGGACAAGGCUGGAGAGCGCUACCUUCAGCUGACCAAGCAUGAGUGGAGCACCCAUGUCAAUAGAUCUUUGUCUGCUGGUACUUCAUUCGAUGUCCGAGGUUUCCAGGGCGACUACGAUGUGAUCGUCUGGUACCAGAAUAAGCCAAUCAAAAUACAAUCCUUUUCAGUUGGCAAGUCUAAUGUGACCGUUAACGUGGACAUUUCCGGAAACGGACAAGCUAUACAUCUACCCACCCACGCUGACCCGUUUGUCUUUGUGCCUGUCCAACAUGCAACAACUAGCAAUGGUCUGACAACUGAGGGUCACGCAACAUCCACCUCUACCUCCCACCAACUGACCUGUACCACUCAUGCAUCAGGAGAGUCUGAAGUUGGGGACGACAAGGAGGUGGAAGUGGGCUGCGGUACCGAUGAAGUUUUAACUGGAUGUUCGAGCUACCUCAAAAACAACGAUUGGCAUAAAGAUGGUGAACGAAUCGUUAUAACAAAUAAUAAGCCAUCGUGUAAAGCCGUGAAUGGCUAUAGGACUACAGCAGGUAUUAAGGCUUAUGCAAGGUGCUGUAAACUGAGUGGAUUGACCUGUACUUAUAAAGUGGCUGGACCUUCUGGAACUGGAGUUGACGACCAAGUUGUAGCUCCCUGUGCUUCGGAUGGUUUUCCACUGGGUUGUACAGCACACACUUACAUGUCCGACUCUGAUGGCUCGUUCAUCACCAAUACCUCAUGUGUAGCACAGAAUGAUGGCGUAUCACAAGGUGUAUAUGCUUAUGCUGCAUGCUGUAAAGGUGGAAACAUCAAGUGUACCACAGUCCACUCAGACACUAGUGGUCACCCAGUUGGUGCAAGGGCAACAGUUACAUGUCCAGCUGGUCAAGUCAUGACAGGGUGUACUGUCUACUCACCCAAUGCUAAAGCAGCAGGUUCCUUCAUAGAAGCUAUUAAUGGGGUGGAUACCUGUGUGGCUGUUAAUGGCUAUGAAAGAUUUGGACGUGAAGAAGGAGUCCGAGCUUAUGCUGCUUGCUGCAGUGCCUAGAAGACAAACUGUUCUCAGCUUAGCUAAACAAUUACUUUCUUAAAACAAAUUUUGUCAUGUAAAUAAACAAUAAAAAAAGAA